AUGAAUCACGAACCUGAAGUGAAAGCUACUGAUAUGGAAGAAGAUAUGAUUAAAAGAGUAAAAGAAAUAGCUAUUAAUGCUGUUAAAGAAUACAAACAAGAAAAGUAAAUUGCCCAUUAUAUUAAAUAUGAAUUUGAUAAGAUUGAUGGAUAUGGAUGGAACUGUAUUGUAGGAAGAAAUUUCGGAUCUCAUAUCAUUCACUAAACCAAAAAAUAUAUUUUCUUUAAAAUUAAUGAAUUGUGCUUAUUACUCUGGAAGGCUUGA